ACAAGAACGAGAGCCCAACUCGCAGAAAAAGAGAAGGAAAAAGAAAAUGUUACUCCACUUGUAAAAAAGUACUGGUUUCAAAGGUACGAUCUUUUUUCAAGAUAUAACUAGGGUAUCAAAAUGGAUGAAGAAAGUUGGUUUUCUGUCACUCCAGAGGAAAUCACUGCCCGGCAGGCGCGUUGGUGUGUGGGUGCCGGAGUGGUCAUCGACGCCUUUGCUGGCGUCGGUGGCAACGCCAUUCAGUUUGCACAAAUGUGUCAACGUGUUGUUGCAAUCGACAUUGACCCAAAAAAGGUUGCAAUGGCAUAUAAUAAUGGAAAGAUUUAUGGCUUAGAAGAUUUUAUUGAUUUCAUUGUAAGAGACUUUUUCCAACUCGCUCCCUUUUUGACGGUACUUAAGAUAUCGAAAUUUUAAAUUUGGUAGAAACUACAUUUAUGCAAAGGAUGGACCAUGCUGUGCUACUUGUUUAGGCAGUAUUAUACGGCCCAAGUUUGUUGGAGUAUGACAUUGAUUAUUUAUUUAGUU